UACCUCCAACUGGGUGUCCAGCAGGCUUCUUGAAAUGUCGGGCGACAUACUGCAUCGGCUCAUCGUUGACCUCAUCCCAUCUUCUCUUCCGUCCACCAGCGACACAGUCCUCGCCUCCCAGGUCCCCAUUCUGUUCCGAGAGCCCUUCAUCCUGUCGGGCUACCGUCCCAUCCAGCAGAACUGGCUCUGUUACCUCCAAAGCCUCUUCCAAAAACACAAUGAAACCCUAAAUGUUUGGACACACUUAUUGUUCUGUCCUGUGCUGCUACUCCGCUGGUGGGCCAAUAUAGGCGCCCUGGGAUACACCUUAGACGCAGCAUGUCUACCUCUGAUCCUCUACCUGCUGUCUGCCUUCGCCUAUCUGUUGUUAAGUGUGGCAGCUCACCUCUUCCAAUCUCACUCUGAACAUGCCCAUUAUUUCUUCUUCUUCAUGGACUAUGUGGGUAUAGCAGUGCAUCAGUAUGGUAGCGCACUUGGCCAUUAUUUCUACACGUCAGAGCCAGCGUGGAGAGAAAGCUCCAUCGGGCCGCUGUAUCUUCCUGGAACCGCCUUCUUUGGGUGGCUCUCGUGUGGAGGCUGCUGUUUUGCUAAGUCCAGGUACCAACGGCCUUAUCCAAUACAGCGUAAAAUCUGCCAGCUGAUCCCUAACUCCCUGUCAUAUUUUCUAUGCAUUAGCCCCGUAGUCCAUCGCCUGUUCACCGUCUCCUGGACGCAGGAGCCCUGCUUACACUUCUACACUCUUCAGAUUGCCCUUUUCCUUCUAUCCGCCCUCUUCUUCUCAUGUCACAUCCCCGAAUGCUACUUCCCGGGCCGUUGUGACUUUGUGGGCCAGGCUCACCAGAUCUUCCACGUGUUGUUGGGCCUGAGCACCGUGUUCCAGCUGGAAGCACUUUCCCAGGACUACGCCAGGCGGAGGGAUACAGUUGUGGAGGUGUUUGGAGAGAAGCAGCUGUGGUGGGCUUGUGUAUCUCUUGCCACCCUCUUCAUGUCUUCCAUUCUAAUAGCACUCAUCUCAAUGUGGUACAUGACAAAGAAACUGCAGGGAACAGAAGAAAGAGACAAGUGAAAUAGGGGUUUGUUUUAAAUGUACCAAAUGAUAUAUAUAAAAGAAAAUACUUUCAUAAAUCCAACUGUAUAGGUUUUUAUUCAAAGAAGCUGUUCACCCCCAAAUGAAAAAUACAAAUUCUUGCUCUAUGUGUUCAUCUAGAUUGUUUUUUGUUUGAGGUCCUUGAGAUAUUUGUUUUAGAGAUGUCUGCCUCCACUACAAUAUCAUUGAAGUAGUUGGCACUGGGUUUGUGGUGUUGAAAGAGCCAAACAAAUUCAUUAUACAAACUCCAUAGCAAUGUUAGUUUCCAGAAAUGAGGAUCCGGGUACUAAAGAUAAUCCACAGACCUUGUUGUGAGCAGUUUCAUGUAGGAACCUUUUUAUUUAUUUGUCUGUGGUACAUUACAACAUUACAAGG